UACAGGCAAGGCACAUUCAGAGCAGCUCCUGACUACCUCUCCUCUCGCUCUCUCUCUGUCUCUCUUUCUCCCUAUCUCCCCUUAAUUCCUGCAGUCUCCCCUCUACUCCAUCACUCUUUCCAUACCUUUCCGUCUUUCUGUAUUAUUCUUCAUCUUUUCUGGGAUUUUAUUUUAUUUCAUUAAUUUUUUUUUCCUGGUAGAAAAGAGACGCAGAGAUCCCUACAGGAGGGGCACACGGGGCAAAAGAAAAAAAAAGCAAAUAACAGGACUAGAAGGGUGCAGAAUACCCAGAUCUCAUCACCAGAGCCGCUUGCCCCUGCCACUCUCUCUAAAUCAAGGCUGAAGAGGUCUCUUCCUUCCUAGAGCCAAGAACCACUGCAGAGCCCGGAUCCCAUGCAGACAUGGCUGUAACCUGCACACGUUUUACAGAUGAAUACCAGCUGUAUGAAGAGAUUGGCAAGGGCGCAUUCUCAGUGGUCAGAAGAUGUGUGAAGCUCUGCACAGGGCAUGAAUAUGCAGCCAAGAUCAUAAAUACCAAGAAGUUGUCGGCACGAGAUCAUCAGAAACUAGAGAGAGAAGCCCGCAUCUGCCGCCUGUUAAAGCACCCAAAUAUCGUACGCCUCCAUGACAGUAUAUCAGAAGAAGGGUUCCACUAUCUCAUUUUUGAUCUGGUCACAGGCGGGGAGCUAUUUGAGGACAUUGUGGCAAGAGAAUAUUACAGUGAAGCUGAUGCAAGUCACUGUCUCCAUCAGAUAUUAGAAAGUGUUUGUUUCACACACUCCUGUGACAUUGUGCACAGGGACUUGAAGCCAGAAAACCUUCUCCUUGCCAGCAAAUGCAAAGGAGCUGCAGUCAAGCUGGCAGACUUUGGCCUGGCCAUAGAAGUGCAAGGAGAGCAGCAGGCCUGGUUUGGCUUUGCUGGAACCCCAGGGUACCUGUCCCCGGAGGUGCUCCGAAAAGAGGCAUAUGGAAAACCGGUGGAUAUUUGGGCAUGUGGUGUCAUUCUAUAUAUUCUUUUGGUUGGAUAUCCUCCAUUUUGGGAUGAAGAUCAGCACAAACUCUACCAGCAAAUUAAAGCUGGAGCUUAUGAUUUCCCGUCUCCAGAGUGGGACACUGUGACCCCAGAGGCAAAGAAUCUUAUUAACCAGAUGUUGACCAUUAACCCUGCCAAGCGUAUAACCGCACACGAAGCUCUCAAGCACCCAUGGGUCUGUCAACGCUCAACUGUGGCCUCAAUGAUGCACAGACAAGAGACUGUGGAGUGUCUCAAGAAGUUCAAUGCUCGCCGGAAGCUGAAAGGGGCCAUUCUAACUACAAUGCUGGCAACAAGGAACUUUUCUGUGGGCAGACAGACCACAGCUCCUGCCACAAUCACCACCGCUGCCACUAGUACAGCCCUGGGGUUGGUGGAACAAGCUAAGAGUUUGCUGAACAAGAAGACGGAUGUUGGAAAGCCCCAGACAAACAGCACCAAGAACAGCGCCGGAGUGACCAGUCCGAAGGGCCCCAUUCCUCCAGCUGCCCUGGAGCCUCAAACCACAGUAAUUCAUAACCUGGUGGACGGGAUAAAGGAGUCCUCGGACAGUACACACACCAACCCAGAGGAUGAAGAAAUGAAAGUGCUGAAGUUCUCAGACAUUUUAAGCUCAGUGAGACGGGGCUCGGGGGCCCUGGAAGCUGAGGGACCACAAGCAGCGGUCGCUCAGCAGCCCCUCUCCCCAUCCUUCCCCCAUUCACCUCUUGCACAGCCUGCUAGAUUUACAGAUAUAUUUAACACAGUCAGACGAGGCUCAGAAGCAGAGGGAGUGCAGUAUUCCAACACGCAGCAUCGGCUUUCUCAGCCCCAUCUAAACUCUCCGUUUGUACAGCCUCGAAAACAGGAGAUCAUUAAGAUAACAGAGCAGCUGAUUGAGGCGGUGAAUAACGGAGACUUUGAGGCCUAUGCGAAGAUUUGUGACCCAGGAUUGACCACAUUUGAGCCAGAAGCUCUGGGUAACCUUGUGGAAGGAAUAGAUUUUCACCGAUUUUACUUUGAGAACUUGCUUUCCAAGAACAACAAACCAAUUCACACGACCAUAUUGAAUCCUCACGUUCAUGUGGUAGGAGAGGAUGCUGCCUGUAUCGCCUACAUACGCCUGACACAAUACAUUGAUACACAGGGUCGACCUCGUACCAGCCAAUCCGAAGAGACUCGUGUUUGGCAUCGUCGUGAUGGCAAGUGGCAGAAUGUCCACUUCCACUGCUCAGGGGCCCCUGUGGCACCCCUCCAGUGACACCUCCAGUAAUGCUCUCCUGGCUUCACCAGAAAAGAGGAAGUGCCAGAGACUUUUGGCUCCGCCGCUCAGAGAGUUCCAGCGGCGUGGAAAAGCACGUGACCGCAUGCUUGUGCCGUUCCCUCUCAUCCCUCCUCCCCCUCAACCCCUCCAAAUCCAGACUUCUUCUAUUCUUGUGGCCCUCAAUCCCCCCAUGUGCACAUGUAUCCCAGACAUCCACUGCCUGGACUCAUGAAGUGUUUGCAAGAGGACAAGACAAGGUCGUAGGACUAAGCCUCCUGUGUAUGUUUCCUAUAUGACCUUUAAGCAUUUUUACCCCUUCCAAGCUGGGGAAGAGGGCAGCUGUAUGACCCCCUACUAUUGUAUGGGGAGUAAGUGCAUCCAUUGACUUGUUACUGAAAAAUAUUUGACCUUUAGCCCUCUUC